GGCAUUCUUUCUGGAAGCUUCUGAAUGGGAGCUUCGAGAAAGCUGGCCCUUGUAUAAAAAGACUGGAGUAGGCCCACAAGUCCUCAGAUACAGCAAGCGAGAGGACGUACACGUGAAUCCUAGAGGAUAAAGACCAGUGAAGCAAAGAGGUUUAAAAAGCUACAUAAAUCUGCAGAGGAACAGCACACACGCUCAGAGACAGCGAUCAGCAAGCAAGAAGUGAAGAACAGGAGCAUUUCAUUUUUAUCUAUUUGAGAUGCCAGAGAAAGCCGGUAACACCAUGGAGGAGGAAGUGGAGACCUUUGCCUUCCAGGCUGAGAUUGCCCAGUUGAUGUCCCUGAUCAUCAACACCUUCUACUCCAACAAAGAGAUCUUCCUUAGGGAGCUCAUCUCAAACUCCUCAGAUGCAUUGGACAAAAUAAGAUAUGAGAGCUUGACAGACCCUAGCAAACUGGAUUCCUGUAAGGACCUGAAGAUCGAGAUCCGCCCUGACUUGCGCACUCGCACUCUGACCCUGGUUGACACUGGCAUUGGCAUGACAAAAGCUGACCUAAUCAACAACCUGGGAACCAUCGCCAAAUCAGGCACAAAGGCGUUUAUGGAGGCCCUGCAAGCUGGAGCAGACAUCUCCAUGAUUGGGCAGUUUGGUGUGGGUUUCUACUCAGCCUACCUGGUGGCUGAGAAGGUGACCGUCAUCACCAAGCACAAUGAUGAUGAGCAGUACAUCUGGGAGUCUGCAGCUGGUGGCUCUUUUACUGUCAAAGUUGACACUGGUGAGUCCAUUGGUCGUGGCACCAAGGUGAUCCUGCACCUUAAGGAGGACCAAACUGAAUAUUGUGAGGAGAAACGUGUGAAGGAGGUUGUGAAGAAGCACUCACAGUUCAUUGGCUACCCCAUCACACUCUUUGUGGAGAAGGCUAGAGAGAAGGAGGUGGAUCUGGAGGAUGGAGAAAAGGAUGAGGAAACUGAUAAAGACGCUGGGGCUGAGGACAAAGACAAGCCCAAGAUCGAGGAUGUUGGCUCUGAUGAAGAUGAGGACACCAAGGACUCCAAAAACAAGAGGAAGAAGAAGGUCAAGGAGAAGUACAUUGACGAGGAGGAGCUGAACAAGACUAAGCCUAUCUGGACCCGUAACCCAGAUGACAUCACCAACGAGGAGUACGGAGAGUUCUACAAGAGUCUGACCAAUGACUGGGAGGAUCACCUGGCUAUCAAGCACUUCUCAGUAGAAGGACAGCUGGAGUUUCGUGCUCUGCUCUUUGUGCCCAGGAGAGCUUCAUUUGACCUGUUUGAGAACAAGAAGAAGAAGAACAACAUUAAGCUGUAUGUACGCAGGGUCUUUAUCAUGGACAACUGUGACGAGCUGAUGCCAGAGUAUCUGAACUUCAUCAAGGGUGUGGUGGACUCUGAGGAUCUCCCACUGAACAUCUCCAGAGAGAUGCUGCAGCAGAGCAAGAUCCUCAAGGUCAUCCGCAAGAACCUGGUCAAAAAGUGUAUGGAGCUUUUCGUUGAACUCUCAGAGGACAAGGACAACUAUAAGAAGUUCUAUGAACAGUUCUCCAAGAACAUCAAGCUGGGGAUCCAUGAAGACUCCCAGAACCGCAAAAAGCUGUCAGACUUGCUACGCUAUUACACCUCCAACUCCGCUGAUGAAAUGGUCUCGCUGAAGGACUACGUUUCCCGCAUGAAGGACACCCAGAAACACAUCUAUUAUAUCACUGGUGAGACCAAGGAACAAGUCGCCAACUCUUCCUUUGUGGAACGCCUCCGCAAGGCCGGCCUGGAAGUAAUCUACAUGAUUGAGCCCAUUGAUGAGUACUGUGUCCAGCAGCUGAAAGAGUAUGACGGCAAAAACCUGGUGUCUGUGACCAAGGAGGGUCUGGAGCUGCCAGAAGAUGAAGAUGAGAAGAAGAAGCAGGAAGAGCUGAAGACUACAUUUGAGAACCUCUGCAAGAUCAUGAAGGACAUUCUUGACAAAAAGAUAGAGAAGGUGACAGUGUCCAACCGCCUGGUCUCUUCCCCUUGCUGCAUCGUGACCAGCACCUACGGCUGGACGGCCAACAUGGAGAGGAUCAUGAAAUCUCAAGCUCUCAGAGACAACUCGACAAUGGGCUACAUGACUGCCAAGAAGCACCUGGAGAUUAACCCAACCCACCCUAUUAUUGAGACCCUGAGAGAGAAAGCGGAGGCUGACAAAAAUGACAAAGCCGUGAAAGACCUGGUCAUCUUGCUGUUUGAGACGGCCCUGAUGUCUUCUGGAUUCACACUGGAUGACCCUCAGACCCAUGCAAACCGCAUCUACAGGAUGAUCAAACUUGGCCUGGGCAUUGAUGAUGAUGACUCGGCAGUGGAGGAUAUUCUCCAGCCAAGUGAAGAGGACAUGCCUGUCUUGGAAGGAGAUGAUGACACAUCAAGAAUGGAGGAAGUUGACUAAACAUGUAACAGUACAUUAUUUUGCCCCUUUUAACUUUUUUUUGUCCUAAAAUAAUUUCUAUUUUACAUGACAACAUGUACUGUUGAGUGGUGGCGAAAGAACUGUAAUUUAUCAUAUAUUAAUCAAUGCCAUAGUCCUAUACAUACAGCAUCUGCUGCUUUUAACUCUAUUCAGUUGUGCUUAAAAAAUAGGCUAUGUAAUAUCAAGUCAACAGCGAUUUGACUUGAGUCUUUUUGUAUUUCUGUGAGCUAUUUUCUAUGAAAAAUGACAAACUUUAUAAUAAAAAUGUAUUUAGAAAUCAUC